AUGGUAGGUGCCCACUGUGAAUCUCUGGAAAUGUCUGUGUGCUGGAUAGACAUUGAUGUGAAAAUAAGUGUCCUUCAUAUUGAGAGCCUCGCUGCCUGGACAACUAGGGAGGCCCGUGACCUGCGAGGGAAGAAGAAGGAGGAGCUGCUGAAGCAGCUGGAUGACCUGAAGGUGGAGCUGUCCCAGCUGCGGGUGGCCAAGGUGACUGGCGGAGCCGCCUCCAAGCUGUCCAAGAUCCGGGUUGUCCGCAAAUCCAUUGCCAGAGUGCUGACUGUCAUCAACCAGACCCAGAAAGAGAACCUGAGGAAAUUUUACAAAGGCAAAAAGUACAAGCCUCUUGACCUACGGCCGAAGAAGACUCGUGCCAUGCGCCGCAGAUUAAAUAAGUACGAAGAAAGUUUUAGGGAGCAAAAAGGAACUCAGACCCCUUGGCAGGAACAUAGCAAUGUUUUUUGGCCACUUUGGGGGGGGGAAUUUGGAGUUCCCUCGCGACUCUCUGCAACAGUUUCUGAAAUUGCUUGA